AUGAUGUUAAGUAGUAUUCACUGUAUCACUAGGUAUGAAUUAGAAAGUAAACUGAAAGAUCAUAAAGGUCGGAUAACGAAAGAUGAUUUUGUAAAUUUUUUUAAGAAAGUUGCAACAAGACAAGAAAUUUAUUACAUUCUUGUUAGAUAUUCCAGUGGAGCGGAACAUUUAAGCGCUGAAGAUUUAAAGAAUUUUUUCGAAAGUGAACAAGGGAGAACUGGUCUAACUCUCGAACAGUGUACAGCAAUCAUCAAUCGUUUUGAACCAUCCCAAGAAAAUCGUCAAUACAAUCUGAUGGGUAUAGAUGGUUUCACUUCAUUGCUCUUAUCUGAAGAAUGUGAUAUAUUCAAUCCUGUACACUUACAAGUAUGCCAAGAUAUGUCUCAACCAAUAACACAUUAUUACAUUGCAUCAUCGCAUAAAACAUUUCUACUCGAAGAUCAACUUACAGGUCCUUGCAGUAUUGAAGGUUAUCAAAGAGCACUUCUUUCAGGUUGUAGAUAUAUUGAACUUGAAGUCUACGAUGGUCAUGAUGGUCAUCCAGUUGUCAGACGUGUAAAUUCACGACCUCCUGGCAUUCCAAUACAAGCUGUAUUAAAUACAAUACAUGAUUUUGCAUUUAUUCGUUCAGAAUAUCCAGUGAUAGUAUCAAUUGAAUGCUACGCAUCACAAGCUCAACAAAGUGUACUCGUCACUUUCCUUCGUUGUUGCCUUGGCCACCGGUUACUCCUACCAAACUCAGAGUUCACUUUCAACUUGAGUGAAUCACAAUUAGAAAUUGAAGAUCAAGUUGAAAAGGCAAGAUAUCACAACUCCACGGCCGGUGGGAGUGGUGUUCACAAAGCCUAUCGUAAGAAUAGUCUACAAGUUGUCGAUUUGAAGAAUGAAUCAACAGUUUAUGCAUCAGACGGUUCAUAUGUACGCUGGCCAUCACCACGUGAUCUUAUAGGACGUAUUCUAUUGAAAGGGAAACGACUACCGAAAGGUACAACGACAACAACAACAACAGCGGCUACGAUGAACAAUGAACCAGAAAAAUGGAUGAAUGGUGGUGUAGCUAAUAUUAAACGGAUCUUUACUUCAUCAUAUGUUACACCAUGUCAACAACCAACUACAGUUAUCAGGGAAUUAUCUGAUAUGUUUUUCUUCGAUACAACUAAUUAUGAGUACAUUCCCAAUAGUGAUUCACUUAAAUGUAAGUGA